AUGAUUCUAUUUGUAACAAACACUUUGUUGUUUCUUUUGACGACAACUGUAAAUUGUGCCACAACGUGUAGUGGUGGGCAGUACCUUUCUGGAACGUCUUGUUUAAUUUGUCAAGCGGGUACUUAUUCCUCUGGAGGUACACCAACUUCAUGCACUUCGUGUUCAGCGGGGACGUAUUCUGCAACUGGAUCUUCUUCAUGUGCAAAGUGUUCAGCUGGUACAUAUUCAAUCUCUGGGUCUUCUGGAUGUAACAAAUGUAAUCCAGGUACUUACAAUUCUUUUUCUGGGUCUGUAUCAUGUUCAAGUUGUUCAGCAGGGUAUUAUUCUAAUAGUGGUGCUUCUUCAUGUAAUUCAUGUGGUGCUGGAUAUUAUUCAUAUAAAGAAUCUUCAGCAUGUACUCCAUGUUCAGCUGGUACAUACUCAACGUCUACGGGGUCUUCUACAUGCACAAAAUGCAAUACUGGAUAUUAUUCUAUAUUAAAAUCAUCAAGUUGUACAAAAUGUAAAGCAGGGACUUAUGCAGAUGAACAAGGAAGUUCGGAGUGUAAAACGUGUGCAGAUGGGUUUUAUUCCACAUCUGGAAGUUCGGUGUGUGUACAAUGUGUUUCCACGAGUUGUGCGGCAUGUUCAAAAACAACGGGGGAGUGCACUUCAUGUAAUGUUGGCUAUUCGUACGAUUCGUCAAAUAAAAAAUGUUCGAUAUGUCCCGCAUCGUAUUAUUCGAGUGGUGGAACUUCGUUGUGUUCAAAGUGUGCAACUGGGUAUUAUUCGCUUGGUGGUUCAAGUGGGUGUACAAAGUGUUCAACAAGUUGCAAAACAUGUGACCAAACAAAUGGUAAUUGUUUAUCUUGUUAUGAUGGUUAUACUCUGAACAACGGUAAAUGUGAAAUUUGCCCAGCUGGAACACUCCAAAGUGGUAGAGUUUGUGUAACGUGUCCCGACAUGCAAUACUCGUUGGCAGGAAGCACAAUAUGCAGAAGUUGUAGUCCAACGUGUUUGAGUUGUGAUAAGACAAAUGGGUAUUGCACGUCGUGUGAUUCUGGUAUGGAAAUAAUAACUACAACAUGUUCUGUGUGCAGUGCUGGCACAUACAAUAUUGCAAACAAAUGUGAGUAUUGUCUACUUGGAACAUAUUCAUCAUCACCAAAGAGUUUGCAAUGUAAUUUUUGUGGAGAUGGGACUUAUGCCAGCACACCAGGAUCAACAAAUUGUAUAAUGUGUGAUGUUCUGUGUCAAGGACCAUGUGAAAGAACAAGUGGCAAAUGUGUAGCCUGUGUGAGUGGUGCUGUUCUAUCGAAUGGAGUGUGUUCACUGUGCAUUUCAGGAACAAUGGCAAAUCAAACAACAAAUAAAUGCGACACAUGCAAGGCGGGUACAUAUGCCGGUGAAGGCUCUUCUGAAUGUAACAGUUGUGGAGAAAUGACAUACUCAACUGCAGGUUCGUCAUCAUGCCAACAAUGCGACAGUCGUUGUGAUGGGUGUGAUGCCACUAAUGGGUAUUGUGUCAAUUGUGUGACUGGGUAUGGUCUUACAGUUGGGAAGUGUGCCAUAUGUCAAAAGGGGACUUACUACAUGAGGUCUGUGUGUCAGAGUUGUGGUGAGAUGGAAUACCAAGACGUUGAGGGACAAACCACCUGCAAGUUGUGCGACUCUUCAUGUGCAAGGUGCAAUGCAACAAAUGGAAAAUGUCUCACAUGUGCUGCUGGAUACGGCUUUGACAGUGGAGUGUGUACGUUGUGUGGCGACCUUACAUACUCAGAAGGCGGCAUUAUGCAGUGUCAACAGUGUUCGACUGAAUGUAAAAAGUGUGACAGAAAAAGUGGUGCAUGCACAUCAUGCGAAGUUGGCAACAAGAGAGUUAACAACAGUUGUGUGUCAUGUGCUCCAUAUGGGUAUUGCGAUUUGUGCACAGACGAGACAUCAGAUGGUAUUUGUGUAUCAUGUGAAGAUGGAUUUUAUUUGAAUGAAAGUGCCGACUGUCAACCAUGUGGUGAUAUUCACAAAGACUGUCUGACGUGUUCUAAAUCAACUAAAAUGUGUUUGUCGUGUGCAGGCAACAUGAUAUCGACUGGCACCAGUUGUGUUGAGUGUGAAGUUGGGAUGGUCAAAGUCACAGAAACGACGUGUGACUCCUCGUACAAUGUCAUCCCAAAGUGUCAGAUCGCAGACUAUGUCAACAAUCAACACAUUUGCACUGCAUGUUUUGCGCCAUACGUCACUUCAAGUGACUCCAAGUCGUGCAAUUUGGGAUACACCACAACGACAUACUUCAACACAAAUGAUCACCAAUCACACACCAACAUGGAUGGGUGUAUCAACCAAAUAGAUACAACAUGUUACUUGUGUGAUACAAAAACGAUGUUGUUAAACGCAGUUUGUAAUGAAAAGAAGGAAAAGUGUGAGAAAAACUCGCAACACGGCUGCGACAACUGCGUUUUAGAUGUGAUCACUUCGAAUGGCAAUUGUACCAACAUCACCGAUUGUAAAUACGAAAUCAACAGAAAAAGUGGAGCCGAGUGUUUGUAUUGUGUUGAUGACGUGUUGUGUGGCAAAGCAAAACAAAAUUGUGAAACAUCACACAACGAGUACUGCUACUUAGCAGUGAGUGGAUAUCACACAACAAACGAUAACACUGUUGUACUCUGUGAGAGUGAAUAUUGUGUCAUUUCAGAUGGAAUUGUUACUGAUUUGAAAUGUCUGGAUGGCAAAGUUUUGAUAAAUGGCGUGUGUACAACUAAUACAGUGUGUAUAGCAAUAUCGUAUGGCGAUUGUAUCAAAUGUGAUGCAAAACAACACCUCUCACAAGGAAAAUGCUUAUCAAACAGUGCAAAAUGUGACAAUCAGAAUGGAGAUAUUUGCAUUGUGUGUAACAACACCAUCAACGUUGAUGGUGUGUGCACAGACACCCAGUCAAUUCAUUGCUCUUUGUUUGACAAAGUGUGUGUCACAUGUGAAAGUGGAUAUUACAAAGACGUUGAUGGCUGUAAAGAGAAGACUGGCGUUUUGUCUAAUUGUGGUGUUGUCUCGUCACUCAACACCAAAUGUGUCGAGUGUGAGUCUGAUUACAUUUUCAAUGGAUAUUUGUGUGUGCAACAAACACUUCCAAAUGAGACCACCAAACAAACAACUAAAAACGAAGACACACAGACAGACAGCCAUUGUGAAGUGAGCACCACAAAAGGGUGUCUAAGGUGUUUCGGUGGGUAUUACCUCUCAGACCGCAUGUGCGUGAAGUGUGAGUACCCCUGUGUCUACUGUUUGAAUCAGACAUUCUGCACAAAGUGUGACGAUUACUCGUAUGCAAACAGCAACGGCGUUUGCACUGAAAUCAACGCACUUGUUGGUGUAUGUGACGUGUUGAUGUCAACAUAUCGCGGGUGUGUUGUCUGCAAAGAUGGAUAUAUGCGAUCCUCUGAUGGCACAACGUGUAUUAAUUGUGAUGAGUCGUGCAAGUCGUGCACGAACGAAGGAAAUUGUGUUGUAUGUAAUGAGGCAUUCUAUCGCACGUCAUCGAAUGUCACCAAACUGUGUUCGCCACAAAGCGAGUUGACUUCGUGUGCAAACAGAACAACAACUGGUUGUAUGCAAUGCGAAGGUGGACACUAUCUCGCCAAUAGUUUGUGUGUGAAAUGUAAAGACACGUGUACACAAUGUUAUGGUAUCAAUGAGUGCACCGACUGUGUAAAAGACAAUGUACUUGUGUCAGGUGUCUGUUCACAUUACACAACCAUUGAGAACUGUGUUGAGUCUGCCAACAACAAAUGUUCAAAAUGUGAUGACAACUACAAGUUGAGUGACGACAUGUUGAGUUGCAUUCACAUCACAAAUUAUGGGGUUGUUUUUGGUAUUCCAAUCGUCUCUGUGUUCAUUAUAGUACUUAUUAUCGUUGGUAUUAUAAUAAUUACAAUAAUUGUUUUGCAAAAGCGCAAAGAAACAAAGAAAAUGGAAAACAUCUGUGUCUUUGAAAUGAGUCGUUCAAACAUUGCAAUGAGUGUGUUAGACGGCAACAUUUUAACAAACAAAAAGUCGCUGACAUUUGAUGACACAUGUGAAGUCAUUCCCGUUGAAAAAGAGUCUCGCGAACUCCUCUGUGUUGGCAACAAAGGCAAAGGCAUUUUGAAAGUCCAAAUGACAACACGUGGCGGCUGUGACAAAUACUCAAUUCGCACCGAGCCGCAAUUGGUGACGCUAAAGAAAGGUAUGGCGUGCGAGUUUGAAGUGUUUGUAACACCACACUGCUCACUGAAAUUACACGACGAGAUGAUGAUAGUCACCAUGAACAUCGAAAAUGGCGAAACUUUGUCUGUUCCAAUUGCCAUUGAAAUCACAACAGAAAACUCGACUAAAUUGGAUUACGACGAAUUAAAAGAAGACAAGAAACUUGGGGAAGGUUCGUUUGGAAUAGUCUACAAAGGAAGUUACAGAAAAAAUGUUGUUGCUAUUAAAAAAUUGAAAAAUUCAACUUUUGAUGAAAAAGCUUUUGAAGAAUUUGAAAAGGAAGUCAGUAUGUUAGACAAAUUUCGGUGUGAUUAUAUCGUCCGUUUCUAUGGCGCUGUGUUUAUACCAAAUCAGAUCUGUAUGGUCACCGAAUUUGCACAAUAUGGCAGUCUACAAGACUUGAUCAAACACAGAAAAAAUGAACAAAUUCCGCCAAUGAAAAUUCGAGUUAAAAUGAUGAUUGAUGGAGCAAGAGGGAUAAAUUAUUUACAUGAGAACGGGAUAUUACACAGAGACAUCAAACCAGACAACAUUCUUGUUAUUUCACUUGACUUGAAUGAGAAAGUGAAUGCUAAAUUGACAGAUUUUGGGAGUGCCAGAAACUUAAAUUUACUGAUGACAAAUAUGACAUUCACAAAAAGUAUUGGAACACCAGCAUAUAUGGCACCUGAAGUGUUGAAUCAAGAUAAAUAUAAGAAGGCCGCGGAUGUCUAUUCUUUUGCUAUUACUAUGUACGAAAUUUUUGGGUGGUGCGAAGCAUAUCCAAAUGACACGUUCAAAUUUCCAUGGAAAAUCGCCGAAUUUGUGAUUCAUGGCAAUCGACUGAAACGCAAAGACCCAAUUAAAAAAGAACAAUAUAAUAUAAUCAGUUUGUGUUGGUGCCAGGACCCUAAAAGUCGUCUACAAAUUGAAACAAUUGUGAAUAAACUUGAAAGUUUAUUUUGA